ACGGCAGUCACUGCACCCCCCGUGAGCAAUUCCACCGACACCAACCGGGAUCUCCGAGACACCAGCUCUUUCUCAGCAGAAGCAAACCCUUCCCCUGGGCGCCAACCGAAGGCGCUGAGAUACCACCAGUACAAUGACGACCUACAACGGCUACAGGACCAGGAUGGCGGCGUUCAGGGAAGCGUCUCACGACUCGCCCUGGAAUAUAUUCCCACAUAAGCGCACUGGGUCGCUUCCGCCGGGAUACCAAACCGGCAACGACCUCGAAGGGCAGCCACUUGCACCGCACAACACCGCGCCCCAACCCCCGACAACAUCCGAUAGCGAGGCCAAGGACAUGCUGGGCCCCCGGCCAGCAUCGGGGGAGUCUAGCACACAGCUUCGGCAAGCCGAUAUGCCGGACCAAGAACAAGGGGCCGAGACGGGCCCGGCGACGAUAACGCAGGGGGUCAUGCGGCAGAGGACCACGGGCAGAGACGAGUCGUCUAGUAGUACGGCAGACAACGUCAAGGAGCCCGAAAAGGCGAAGAAGUCGCACACCUUCUUCAAACACUUGACGCCAAAGGAGCCGUUCACCGUCCGGAAUCAGCUUCAGCGCACUCUCUUCAACUCUUGGAUCAACGUCCUCCUGGUUGCGGCACCGGCGGGGAUUGCGAUCAACUAUGUCCCGCAAGUCAACCGGAUCGCCGUCUUUGUCGUCAACUUUAUCGCCAUCGUGCCGCUGGCUGCUAUGCUCGGCUUUGCUACGGAGGAGAUUGCCCUGCGGACGGGCGAGACCAUCGGCGGGCUCUUGAAUGCGACGUUUGGCAACGCGGUCGAACUGAUCAUCGCUAUCAUUGCCUUGGUCCACAACGAAGUGGUCAUUGUCCAGACUUCCCUGGUCGGCAGCAUACUCUCCAACCUGCUCCUCGUCAUGGGCAUGUGCUUCUUCUUUGGCGGUCUCCGUCGCCAGGAACAAUACUUCAACACGACUGUCGCCCAGACCGCCGCCAGCCUGCUCGCCCUGGCCGUAGCAGCCGUCAUCGUCCCCACCGUGUUCGACCUCGCCACCGACGGCGUCGGAAACCGGCAAUCCGACAUCGCCAAGCUGUCGCGCGGCACUUCGGUCAUCCUGCUGGUCGUCUACGGCGCGUAUCUGUUGUUCCAGCUCAAGACACACUCCAAGGUCUUCGCCGAACAGUCUCAAAAGGUCGAGGCCAAGCCCUUCAGCAACCCCUUCCACGCCGGCCCCGCCACACUCAAGGACGGUGCCGUCGCCCAGGGUUUCGUCGCCCCCGCCGGCUUCAUGGGCGGCCACGGUCUCCCUUCGUCGCAGACCCAGAACGAAAGAAUGCGCAGCCUGGUGACCAACCCGCCCCGCCGGAACCUGCAGGGCGACGACGAGGACGAGGAAGGCGAGGAGCCGCAGCUGCACUUCCUGGUCGCCGUCGCCACGCUGGCCCUCUCCACGGUCAUCAUCGCUUUCUGCGCCGAGUACAUGGUCGACAGCAUCAGCGCCGUGACAGCGGGCGGGGCCGUCAGCGAGGAGUUCGUGGGUCUGAUUCUGCUCCCUAUCGUCGGCAAUGCUGCCGAGCACGCCACCGCCGUCACGGUUGCCAUCAAGGACAAGAUGGACCUGGCCAUCGGCGUGGCCAUCGGUUCCAGCAUGCAGGUUGCCCUGUUCAUCAUCCCGCUGCUUGUUAUCAUCGGCUGGGGCAUGGGCCUGGACCAGAUGGCGCUCAACUUCGAUCUGUUCCAAGUCGCCGUCCUCUUUGUGGCCGUCCUUCUUGUGAACUACCUCAUCGCCGACGGCAAGAGCCACUGGCUCGAGGGCAUGCUGCUAAUGUGUUUAUAUAUCAUCAUUGCGGUGUGUUCAUGGUGGUACCCCGCCGACCACGACGGCACUGGUGAGUGAGCGCUAGCGGUUGCUGGGCUCCAACUGAACAACACUUUGUUGAAGGAGUCGAGCAUGCCUGGGCUUGCAUUAGUUCUGCAGACCCAAUGUACCGUACUGUACAUAUGGGAUUGUGUCAUUAGCGGCGAACACGGGGGACCUGGCGGCGUUUUUUCGGUCUUUCAUAACGCUAAUUAGCGGAAACGGGGGAGCUUAGACACUGGAUCCGAGUCCGU